AUGGAAGCAGUUAAGGACAUUAAGGAGACAGUGGCCGUGGACCUGGGUGCCCUGCUGGACGCAGGCGAUGGCGCCAUAGUCACUUUGGUGGCGGGCAGCACGCGGCUGGUGGCUCACAGGGCCGUCCUCACAGCGAGGAGCCCCGUCUUCGCCGCCAUGUUUGGCCACGACACGCUGGAGGCCAGCAGCGGCCAGGUGGCCAUCCCUGACGUGGAGGGCCCCGUUCUGCGCCAGCUGCUGGCCUACCUCUAUACCCGGCAGGCCCCCCAGCUGCCAGGCAUGGCCGCCCAAAUGCUGGCCGCCGCUGACAAAUACGGAUUGCCGGACCUGAAAGCUGACUGUGAGCGGCACGUGGCAGCGCAGCUAGAUGUGGAGACGGCAGCGGCCACCGCAGUGCUGGCGGUGAGGCACUCAUGCCCCGAUCUGGCUGCGACCGCAGUCGCCUUCAUAAGGGCCCACGACUACCUGGUGAUGGCGACGCAGGGCUGGGCAGACGCAGUGCUGCAUCAGCCCAAAGACGUGCUCGAAGUGAGUCGUCUGCUUGCACAGCCACCACACAGUACCAGGAAUCUUUCUGCAGAGGAGAAGAGCAGGAGGCUGAUCCAGGCGGCUGAGGAGGGAGCAGUGGAGGAGUUGGUGGCGCUACUCGCAGUGGGAGCGGAUGUGGGGUCGAGGGGUGGAGAGGGGGAGACGUGCCUGCACCGGGCAGCACGCAGGGGACAGGUGGAGGCGGCGAGGCGUCUCCUCGAGAAUGGGGCAGAGGUGGACAGCAGGAACUCCAGACAGAGCACGCCCCUGCACUCGGCUGCAGAGAGCGGCCACGCGGCGGUCGUGCGGCUGCUGUUGUCUUCUGCUGCCGACCCUAACGCCAGGAACCAGUAUGAGAGGACGCCACUGCACUAUGCGGCAGAGCACGGUCACACAGACGUGGUGCGGCUGCUGCUGACCUCCUCUCCCUACCACAAUGCCAGGAAUCAAAAUGGGUGGACACCCCUGCACCUCGCAGCAUACAGUGGCCACACUGAGACGGCGAUUGUGUUGCUGGAGGCUGGGGCUGACAGAGGCGCUAGAAAUAACAGUGGGAACACACCGCUGGACAUCGCCAGGCAGAACAACCGCCAGCAACUGAUAGACUUGCUAAGAUGA